AUGGCCUACCCAUGGACCCUCACCUUCCUCUGUGGUUUGCUGGCAGCCAAGCUGGUAGGAGCCACCCUAAGCCCUCCUGUGGUUCUCAGUCUCAGCUCAGAAGUCAUCAAGCAGAUGCUGACACAGAAACUGAAGAAUCACGAUGUUACCGACACCCUGCAGAAGCUGUCGCUUCUCAGUGCCCUGGAGAAGGAGUCGUCCGGGGACAUUUCCGGCAACCUGGUGAAAUCCAUCCUGAAGCAAAUCCUCUGGCUGAAAGUCACCUCAGCCAGCAUUCAUCAGCUGCAGGUGCAGCCCCUGGCCGACAGCCAGCAGCUGAUGAUAAAGGCCCCCCUGGACAUAGUGGCUGAAUUCAACACGCCCCUUUUCAAGACCAUGGUGGAGCUGCACAUGGAGGUGGAGGCCCAAGCCAUCAUCCAUGUGGAGACUAGCGAGAAGGACCACGCCCACCUGGCCCUCAGCGAGUGCUCCAACACCAGCGGGAGCCUGCGCAUCAGCCUGAUGCACAAGCUCUCCUUCCUGCUCAACUGCUUAGCCGAGAAGGUCAUAAGCCUUCUGACACCAGCCCUCCCCAAACUGGUGAAAAGCGAGCUGUGUCCUGUGCUCAAGGCGGCCUUUGAGAACAUGCGUGGGGAACUCCUGAACCUGACGAAGGUGCCCAUGUCUCUCAACUCUGAGCACCUGAAGCUUGAUUAUAUUUCUCCUGUCAUCGACCACAGUGUUGUCCAUCUCAUCCUGGGGGCCAGGUUGUUCAACUCGGAAGGAAAGGUGACUAAGCUGUUCAGUGUUGCUGGGGAUUCCCUGAAUCUGCCCACCCUGAACCAGACCCCUUUCAGGCUCACCGUGAGGAGGGACGUGGUGGUCACUAUCAUAGCUGCCUUGCUCCAUUCAGGAAAACUCACAGUCCAGUUGGACCAUGUGCUUCCUGAGGUAGCCCGCAAGCUGAAGUCAAGCAUCAAGGUGAUCGACGAAACGGCAGCAGAGCAGCUGGGGCCCACACAGACUGUGAAGAUCCUGAGUCAGACGGCUCCUGUGCUCAUUCUGGACCAGGGCAAUGCCAAGGUGGCCCAACUGAUCGUGCUGGAAAUAUUCGCCAACGAUAAAGACAGCCGCCCCCUCUUCACCCUGGGCAUCGAAGCCUCCUCAGACCUUCAGUUUUACACCGAAAAUAAUCUACUUGUGCUCAGCUUUAAUGAAAUCAGAGCUGAUCGGAUCCACCUGAUGAACUCAGACAUUGGUGUGUUCAAACCUAAACUUCUGAACAACAUCACCACCGAGAUCCUCACCUCCAUCCUGCUGCCAAACGAGAAUGGCAAAUUAAGAUCUGGGAUCCCAGUGUCAAUGGUGAAAGACUUGGGAUUUAAGUCGGUUUCGUUGUCUCUGACCGAGGAAGCCCUUGUGGUCACCCCAGCCUCCUCUUAG